CUGAACUACAUCGCCUAUCCCCGAUGGGCGGACGAUCCCCUUGUUACCUUUCGGCGUUAACAUUUGGCCACUUCAUCACCGCUGACGAGAACGUCUUUCGAUGAUCAACAAAAUCCCGCCAUUUCUAUUCGCAAUUGUUGAUCGUCGAGACAUGGAAUUAACAACUAUAAAUCCGCGUCGUACGGGUGAAUUGCAGUGCUGGUACACCAGAUGCUAUCGCCGAGUGGCUUGGAUGACAGGCGCUCCCUAUGGAUCUGACAUGCAGAAGUCUGUCGCAAGUGUUGAUACUCAGGUGUUGGGGACCUCUGAAAUGUGCUCUAUAUAAGAUGUGCUCUCCUUCCAAAUGAGGGGUGGAAUCUCACCAUCACAAUCAUCCCAUCCUCACAUCAAGACACAACGUCUCCUAUCCACUUUCAGUCCUUGUAUUCAAGCUUUAGUAAACCUCGACUUCAUCCCAAACGAGACACAAUGGACUCACCAGUCUGGUUCAUCACGGGCGCCUCCUCAGGUUUCGGCCUCGCCAUCGCCAAAGAAGCCCUUUCCCGCGGCCAUCGCGUCAUCGCCACAGCCCGCAACCCAUCCAAGCUCUCCGACCUCGCCUCUGCCGGAGCUGACCUCCUGCCCCUGGACGUCACCGCCGACGAGGCCAUAGUCACAGAGACGGUGAACAAGGCCUUCGCCCUCCACGGCAAGGUCACCCACGUUAUCAACUCGGCCGGCUACAUCCUCGACGGCACCAUCGAGGAGGCCAACGCCCAGGAAGUUUUCGACAGCUAUAACACCAACGUCUUCGGCGCCCUCAAAGUCUGCCGUGCCGUGGCCCCGCAUCUCCGCGCUCAGCGCUUCGGAGUCGUCGUCAACAUCGGCAGUGUUGGGAGCUGGGCCGGCGGUGCCGCCGUCGCGCUCUACUGCUCCACCAAGGCCGCCGUCAGCAUCUUCACCGAGGGGUUCGCAGACGAGAUGAAGCCCUUCGGCGUCGAUGUCUGCGCCCUCGAGCCAGGCUACUUCCGUACGAGGUUUCUCAACGCUGGGGCCCGCACCAAGACGCAGCUGUCCAUCGACGCGUACAACGAGGGCCCAGCGGGCGACUACAAGAAGCUGCUUGAGGUCGCCAACAACAACCAGCCUGGUGAUCCGCUCAAGGGGGCUCGCGUCGUGGUGGAUGUGAUGACCAAGUCAGGGUCUGCCGAGGGGCGGGAUAUCCCAGUGAGGUUGCUCCUGGGUACUGACUGUCUUGCUGGGGUCCGUCAAAAGUGCAAGGACACCUUGGCGCUGCUGGAUGAGUGGGAGCCCGUCUCUGCAUCUACCGACUUCUAGGCACUGUGGUUCUGCUGAU